AAGGUUUCCGCUCGUGACAGUGAGCUGUUGGACCAAGUCCACUCUCCUUGGCCAACCAUAUUCCGAACUGAGUCCCAAGUUCCGGCCAAGCUGCCCCGUUUCUGGUGAAGUUUUAGGGUGCUGAUGUCACGCGCGCGCUUCUUGACGAACACGGUUGACAAUUCCAUCCUGGUCGGCUGCCGUAUCGCCGACGCUGAUUGGCUUGAAGAGUAGCUUGUUGCUAUGGAUGCUGUAAAUACACACCGACGAAUGUUUUGGACGAGCUGCCCGUUUCUGCUCAACGUCUGAGUAUGCCCAGGAUUGACAGGACAUCCACACACGGCAGCAACCACAGUGAGUCAGCAAGUCAAGAGGACUCAGCAGACCAGUCAGCGGGCACUUUGUUUCCCAUUCAGAGUUUUUCUCCUCGAUUCCUCCUUCGAAUGUCAACCGCACAUGCUUGCUUGCGACCAUCCCGCCUUGUUGGACUAGGAUCUUGGCUCACUGCUGUCGCCCACAGCUAGCUUCCCCCAGCAGAAUCCCUUCAAACACCCCCAGUCCCACCCCUAUCUUCCGCCCUCUUACUCAUCUCAUCCGCUUUUCCCUCCCUCAUUUCCCCUCACACGGGCGUUUAUUCGAUGGGGGCCUCACUUCACACUACUAGUGGCUUCUCUUCGUGUCACAUUCACUAGUACAUGGCAAAUUCAAUGAAUUGUAAUUCUUCGCUGGAAUUUUGUAGACUGCCUCGCCGUGACCUGUCUGCUUAUCUCCUAAGGUAGCUAUUUGUGUGGUCUCGUCAUAAGCGGCUCUCGGCGCGUGUACGUGGGCACAGCACCUGACGAGAUUUGGAAUCUAGUUUCUGAAUGUAACACCUGCCCGAUAGAUCUAGAAACUCCUAGCCGCAGCACUGGCUAGGUUAAAGUAGUAACCUACGAGUCAAACUCAUUGGAACCUUUCCACCACCUCUGCCUUUCCGCCACAACGAAAGCGGAAUUCGAUCGCCGCAACGGACGAUACGGCGCCUGCUUUCACGGAUUAACUGAUAAAACUCGUCGGCCCGUUCAUGUGACGGCGCGUUAGAGAGCAGCUUCGCGGAGAGCGACAGUACUGAGCUCUCAGGUGAGAGAGCGUGAAGGAGUGGGAGAGCAAAGAGAGGAGCCAUGAAAGGGUGGUCCAAGGACAGGAGUCGCUUGAAGAAAGAGCAGAACAGCACUGCGGACAAGGGGCGAGGGGGGCUGCGAGAGGGAGGGCGAGGGGAAGGGAGAGCGGGUGGGGCCCAUGGGCGGCGAGGCGAGGGAGGUGGUAAGGAGGAGGAGGAGGAGGAGGAGGCGCUGGUGCUGGUGCUCGGCGUGGCGGUGGACGGCCGCUUCGUCGCCACCCAUGUCAGCGACGACCGCUACAUCCCCGUCGCGCACGACGCGCUCCUUCACGCGCCACCGCACGCCAACCCGUACUCCAUAGCACAUGGGAACACCAUGGUGCUGCUCCUGCACCAACUCGUGCCGCACUCCCACCACCACCACCAUCAUCACCUGCAGCAGCAGCAGCAGCAACGGCACUCCCCUCCGGCCUGCAUGACGCUGUGCGCGUCUGGCCAUGCGAAACGCCAGCAGCGAUGCCUGUCUCUGGACGGCUGCUCGCCGUCCCCCCUCGACCCGACGUCGGCCGUACACACCGUCACGCUCUCUCUCCCUCGCUCCGCCACCCCGCACAGGGAGCAGUCGCCCCUCAUGCAUGGCGCAACCCGCGCUGACACGUCCUCUCAACCAUCCUCUCCGAUCCUGUCACCACCACCAGCAGCAGCACCAGCAGCAGGAGCGUCAGCAGCGGCAGGAGCAGCAUCCUCUCGGGUAACAGCAGUGCUUGUGGCUCGGACGUUCCCAGGAGUGCUGGACCGAGGCAAGGGUUAUGCUCUCCUCUCCUCCGUACUCGCCAACAACGCAGCAGCCGCAGCAGCAAGCACAGCAGCUACCCCCAUGCGCAAAGACCCACUAUCAUCCGCUCCGUUACAAGCAGAACUGCACCUCAAAGCGCUGGCCACGCCCCUGCGCGCGCCGGCGGCAGAGGAGGAGCCGCUGUUGCUAUACCCGGACGCCCCCAGGGCGUACCUGGUGCAGCCCGCCGGGCCUGGCCCCGAGGUGGAGGCGGAGAUGCGCGAGAUGAAGGAGCAGUCGAUGCGGCAGCUGGAGGACGAGCUGGACCUCAUCAACGAGCUCAUCUGCCAGGAGGAGGAGCAGGGAAAGCACGCGGCCGCAAAGCCGGGGGGUGUUGCUGCUGGCGGGAAGGCCACGGGAGGUGCUGUGUCGUCUGUGUCUGCUGGGACCGGUGCUCGGGUUGCAAACCGGGAAGCAGCGGGUGUUGGGUCGAUUCCAGGUGCUCCGAGUUUUUACUCCGCGUCUCCAAUAGGUGCGUCAGCGGUAUCAGCAGCUUCGCCUGCAGCGGCGGCGGCGGCGGGGACAGCUGAAGCAGGCACAGGAGCAGGCGUCGCAGCGGCAGCAGUAGGGGGAGCACAGGCAAUGAAGGCAGACGCAGGUAUGUGGGCUGGACUGAAACGAACCGUGCCCAGUUUCUUAGGGGGGCUGGGAGGAAGAGAGCCAAGGACAGCAGCAGCAGCAGGAGUGAGCGGAGUGAGCUGGUCAGCGGAGAAGCGGCGAGCGCGCAGUGCGGAGAUUCAAGCGCUGGUGCCCUCCUCUGCUCCCCUCUCCCACACCCACACCUCCACCCAGUCAUGGGCCCUUGCCGAAUCACACGCUGCUGCGGCUGCGGCUGCUGCUGCUGCCACUGUUACGAGUGCAGGCAGCGGGAGGACGGGCCCUCAGUGCCAUUCCUUUCAGCAGGUGCGGAGUGGGGAGUAUGUGGGCAAGAGUGUAGGGGAAGGCGGGCAUGGCGCGCCGGGAUUGCAGGGGGUGCAGGGGGGUCCGGUGCAGGCAGCAGCGGGGGGAAGGAGGGGCUGGUCUGUGGAUUUCUGUCAGACGCAGCACCACUCUCAACCACACAGUUAUCAGCAGCAGCAUGGGCGUCAUGACGACCCCACUUUGUGCUCGCACCCCUUACAGCCGCUACUGCCAGAGCAGCAGCAGGGGGAGGAGGCGGAGGGAGCAGUACUGGGAGCAGCAGGAGGAAGAGCACCCUCGGAGAUGGCUCCAUCGGCGGCCAUGUGGGACAGCUCUGCUCUGCAGUGCCGAUCCCUCGGCUCCAAAGCUAGUUCCGAUAUUUUCCCCAAACGGCUGGGGGGCGAGUGGGGCAAAGUCCUGAGAAAAGGAUGGUCCGCGGAGUACCCGCCUGGCGCCACUGCUAUGCUGGCUGCUGCUGCUGCGGUUGACAGCACCACAGCUGCUGCUGACAGCACGGGCGUGGUGGUGGGUAGUGCUACAAUGCCUGCACUCGCUGCUGCCGCCGCCGCUGCUGCUGCGGCGGCUGAUAGCCAUGGUUUGGAGAACCAGGACCCGAAACUGCUCUCACGCCCCUCCCAUCCCCAUGCCCACCUCCACCCCCUCCACCACCCCACCCCCACCUCCCCCGGCUGGUCCCACCACCUGAGCCGCUCCCUCAAGCUUAACCCGGACCUCUCCCGCGUCUCCCCAGCCGAAACCUUCCCCUCCGCUGCCCCCCCUCGCGCCUCCGUGUCCUUCUGCGCCUAUCCCGCCUCGUCCUCCUCUGCAGAGCCCGUUCGCCCUGCUGCUGGCGGGUCCGUUGCUGGUACCGAAAGGCUGGCUGCAACUGCUGCUGCUGCUGCUGCCGCUGCAGCAAGAGCGGCGCCCAGAGUGGGCGUGGAAGGGGGUGAGGGGAAGGAGCAGAGCUCAGGAGAGGUGCGGCGGCAGCUUGGGGAGCUGAUCUCUCGAUGGGCCGAGGGACCGCUGGCUGCUGCCGCUGCACUGGGAGGCUGGAGGAGAGGCGGGGAGAGCAGUGCGGGGAGAACAGGGCGGGAGGGGUACGAGGAGAUGGGCGCGGAUGGGGAGGAGGCGAGGGGGAGGAGAGGGAAUUCGGGGUCUAUGUUUGGAUUGUCUGCGCUGGAGCUGCUGGGGGGGGGUGGGGGGUCAAGGAGGCUGAGAGCGGAAGGGGGUGGCGGCAGCAAUGGUGUGUAUCAGUCCUCUCACGCCAAGAAACAGGCUGUGUGUGAGAUAACAGAGGAGGUUAGCGGAGGCAGCAGAAGCGAAGCAGCAGCGGUGGCAGCAGAGGCGGCAGCAGCGGCGGCAGCGUGUUCGGUGCUGACGGCUGCAAUGAGGGGAGUGCAGCCAGACCUGCACGUGAUACUGCCCAACACAACCCACAGUGCGCAGCAGCAGCAGCAGCAGCAGCAGCAGCAGCACCACGUGGGUGCAGAGUCGGAUAGGGCGAUGGCAGCGGAGAUCCACUCGCUGCUGACAGGCCUGCAGGAGCAGAGGCGAGGCAAGGCACAGCUCACACAGUACCACCCCGGACUCACACCGGGGGGCUCGGACGCACAUGCAGGGGAGGGGGCGGGGAGCGGAGUGGUUGACGGGGUGAAGGAUGGAGCGGUGCACAUAGAGAUGGGAGAGGAGCACACGUGCGAUGUGCCUGGGAUGCAGGAUACCUGCCACAAGAACCCCCUUGUUGCAGGUCCGUGUUCGCUGCUAUCUUCUCGCUUGGGGAUAUUCUACAAGUGCGCCAUCGUCAUCUUCCUGAUAAGCAUUAUAGUUUGCGCCUGCUUCUUCAUUGGCUGGAUUGUACACUGCCAUGGGAUCACCUGCAAUAAGUAACAUCCCCAAUGUGCUGCAUCAGGCCCUGCUCUAUCUCUCGGCUCCUCCCUAGUUUAUGCCCAUGGGUAAUGUUUCUUUCUUUACCUAGGUUUAGUUUAUCACUUUUACAGAGUGGUAAUGUUCAUGUUUUGAUGUUACUCAGCGGUACAGAAUGGUCAGUUUUAACUUUAAAACGGUUGAGAGGUUUGUGCCUCCGUAGUUUGUCUUCAGGUUACCAAGCCGCCGUUUAUGCACGUGCUGAAGUCUGGAAAUCGAAGGGGCGUGGUUUGGCAUGAAUGGCUGGCGAGUGAUGCGACAAACAAAUGCUGGCGAAACUCCAUGGCAAGCGUUGCGACUGUCGCUAAAUAUGAAUCAGGUAUGGCACACGAGGAGACACGAGGACUCGGAAGAUUUCCGCGGAUGAU